AUGACAUUCGACUCGGUAAUAUUAUCAUCAGCAAACCAGGUGGCGGAUAUAGCGGGGUAUUCCAAGAAGAUCAAGAAGCGGAAGAAGUAUACACGACCUGGUUUAAUAAGCGACAGAUUAUACAAGCGUUACGUUGUACAUCCUUCGGAUUCACCUGACGGCUAUGAAAUCGUAUGUGGCGAUAAUGCCGCUUACCUUACAGCCCGACAUGAACGUGACGAAGAAGAUAACGACCCUGCCAUCCACUACGGCUUGAUCGCUAGCGGGAAUCAUCUGAUGAAGGAUGCGCAUAAGCGGGACGAACUGGCUGCUGAAAGGGAUGUUCUCUGCUUCGAGAUGGAGGCUGCCGGUCUGAUAAACAACUUCCCAUGUCUAGUCAACCGGGGUAUCUGCGACUACUCUAACUCUCACAAAAGUAAAGAGUAG